AUGGAUGAGGCCACCCGCAGGAAGCCCCGUCUGGCAGCCUCUCUGCAGAUGUCCCCUGGCCCCAGCGAGGGGCCUAUUCCCUGGAGACCCUUGGAAGGCUCUGCCCAGGCUUCCUCCGAGGCUCAACCUUCCCAGGCGGAGCCCCUGAGGGGAGAAGAGAAGAAGAAGCAGCUGGGGGCUGAGGCAGCUGGGGAUGGGCCGCUUCCAGAUCCUCCUGCUGUGCUGAGGGAGCUGAUCCUAGGGCACAAAGACCCCCCUCCAGGCCAGGCCUUGAGCCUCCUCACUCGCUACUCCCAGGGCAUGGGCCUUACUCUGCGCUUUGUGGAGAGUGAGGUCCAGGUCCCCUUCCGACACUUCUCUGUCUGUGCUGUGCUGGGUGAGGUGUCCUGUCCUGAGGGCACCGGGAGCAGCAAGAAGGAGGCAAAGGGGCAGGCAGCCAUCCUUGCUCUCAACUGGGUCAGGACCCAGCUAGAGAACCCAGCACCGUUCAAAGAUCCUCCCAGCUUUCCGCUCUGUUCUUUAACUGCUGAGAACAUUCUGACCCAUGAGCAGCGUUGUGCGGCUGUGGUGAGCUCUGGGUUUGACCGCCUGAUAGGUGAAAACUCCCCUUACCAGGGCUGCAAGCGAAGUAUAGCAGCUGUCAUCCUUGAAAGGGAGGUCCCAGAUGACAGGGGCAGCUGUAGGGAGUCCUACGAGCUGGUUGCUCUGGGUACGGGUUCCGGCGGCUAUAGGGGCUGGAUUGAAUUCAUGGGCCGAAGACUCCACGACACUCACGGCUUGGUCAUUGCCCGCCGUGCCUUGGUCAGGUUCCUGUUUCGGCAGCUCCUGCUGGUGGCUAGUGGGGGCCCAGAGGGGGCAGAACGAUCAGUGCUGACCCCUCGACCAGGCCCUGGACCCCCUUUUGCCCUCAAGCCCAAAAUCUUCUUACACUUAUACCUCAGCGACACCCCUGAGGGUGCUGCACAUGACAUAUACCUCCCUUCCCCAGGGGGCUCUCUCCAUAGUCCCUCUCUUCGUCUUCAAGCCCAUGCCCGGGGAGAGCUGCGGCCAGUCUGUUACCUCGCCCCGGGGUUCCGGGCAGCCAGGGUCUGUUCGCUGUCAGCCAGUGACAAGGUGGCUCGAUGGGCGGUGCUGGGGCUGGGAGGGGGCCUGCUGGCCCACUUCCUGCCCCCACUCUAUGCAACCAGCCUCAUCCUUGCUGACUCCUGCCAUGAUCCCUCAACUCUGAGUCGGGUCAUCCAUGACCGGCCCUGCCUAGAGGGAGGGCCAGGCCUGCCGCCUCCCUAUGCCCGGAAUCCCCUGCACCUGUUUCUGGGACCACCUGUGGCUCCCCAGGACUCCGCACCCUCCAACUGCCAGGGCCUCAGCCUCAACUGGAGCCUGGGAGACACCCGCAUGGAAGUUGUGGACACAAACACGGGAUGCGUGUGGUCAGAAGGCUCCCUUGGUCCUCCCUCCCGCCUCUGCAAGGCUGCUCUCCUCCGCGCUUUCCGCCAAGCAGCCCAAGCCCUGGGAAGAUUGGAUCUCUUGGCUCUGGACACAUAUGAGGUGGCCAAGGCAGGGACAUACCGUGCUGCUCGUCAGGAGUUGACCACUUACCUGGAACAGCAGGACUUGGGCUCUUGGCCCUCCAAGCCUCUGGUGGGUGGGUUCUGUCACUGA